AUGAUUACUAUUUCAUUUUGCAGUUUUUCCAUUAAGUUAGUAAUAUUGGAGGUAAUUGUUGAAGUUGAAAGUGAAGUAGAUGUAAAAUUUCGGAGAAUGAUCCAUGGAAAAACAAACGAUAUGCGAUGGCUUUUCAAAGUUCAUCACAUAUGUACAGCACUUCUCUAUGUAGUUUUUCAAUUAUGCCUAUUUAUGAAUUUGUAUGUUAUAUUGAGUAGAGAAGAUACAAUAUUCUAUUUAAGAGUUUACCAUUCGAUAAUCGCACUGUUGAUGUUUUGUUGUGGUAUUGUCGAAUUGGAAUUUCUUAUACGCACAAGAAAUUUGCCAAAACUCGAGGAACCUCAUGAAAUUCCUGGCCCUGCCCUUAUUGGAGCUGUUGCAUUAACAAUAGGGAUAGUGUUAGGAUACCUGUACUUUAUAAUUUUUAACUAUGCAUUCCAGAAUUGUGAUAAACUAGUCGACGCGAUUUACACCUCAGAACUAUGGUUAGAAUCAUGCUAUGACAUUCUUAUGGCAUCUUUUUCUGCGUUAUCUUUUGUAUACAUCCUUCAAAGACGAUACUAUGGAGCAAUAAAUUCGAAUCUGGACAAGGAGUUGUGUCAAAGAAAGGAACUGGAGAGCUACUGGUGCCCCGUAGUGAGGCGAAACUAUGAAUGCAGCCCAAGUGAUGAUCUCCACGGAACACAAAAAAUGUGGUACUAUAUCAAUAAAGGAAUACUUUCGAGUUCCAUAAUUUCAUGCGCUUCUGAGUUCUUCCCUGUGCUGUUAGUUGGACAUUGGUUAGCCUGUGGAGGAGCUGAAGAGAAGGCGGAGGAUAUAGAACGUCGACAACAAUUACGACAAGGUGUGCGUGGAUUGAUGAAGGAGUUUUUCAAGGAUAUUUCUCGUGUUUAUGUUGCUGCUCCUGCAAUGAGUGUGCCGCCUCUUCAUAUUAGUCCUUAUCUCUUGUUGUUCUUCUGGAUCAUUACUCCAAUAGCAUCACUAGCUUGUGUUAUACGAUGGCUGGUGUAUUUCUAUUGGACAAUAGAUUUUGAUCACCUCAUAGAAAUUCAUUGGAUGACAAAUGAUAUCGUUUCGUUGGUGGCUAAUGUAAUUCAACUUAUCUUCUUCCUUGGGGUGUACAUGUUCACAUGGUACUUGACAAAUGAUAGGUUGGAUGCUCAUCACAAAGCUCACGCACGAGGAGAUAUCACAAUUUUAUUUGGAUGUUGUAUCGUUCUUCUCAUCAAACUAAUCUUACAAUCGAUUGAAGUAGAAUACCAAAGGAAGGAUGGUUUUAUCAAUCUUGGUGAUGCAAUUAUUUCGACGGUUUGUUAUGCAACAAUACAGGCUUCUCAAUGGUUGCAGUACCUUUCAGUAAGGCGGAUAUUGGCAAUGUCAGACAGCGACUGUCGGGCGACUAAGAAAUUCAUGCCUAUGGCUGCAUUGGGAGGACUACUCAUGGCAUGGAUCCACUUCGGGAUUACAUUCUUCGAUACAUCUCUCAUCAAAUAUCAGCUUACAGAUGAAAACUUCGAUUUUUCACAAACAACCUUGGUUUGCAUGAUUUUUACGCAAACCAUCUUCCCAGCAGAUUAUCUGUUCGCUUUCACCGUUAGUGGAUGUUACUUGGAGCUGCUACAAAGGUAUUUGAAUAUGGGUUACUUCCAGCUGGGCACUCCACGACUAAGCUUGAGUGUUGGACAUAACCACCAUGAAAUCAAGGAGACAAGUAAACGCUUUGACCGUGGGCCUAACAUUGCAACUAUGAUGCAUGCCGCAAACACUAUGUAUAGGAAACGAAUGGAAAGCGGUUCCGAGACUACAACAACGACGAGUAGCGGAAGAGUAUCGUUGGCAGGAGUUAAAGAAGAAUGA